CUGACCCACACUUUAGAUUUCCCCACGCACUCUCCCGAACAAGCGAGGGAAGAGCAUUCGCCUUUUGGGUGCUCCACUGUUUCUACAGGCAGACCGCAGAUGACAAUGGAAGCCGAUGAACCUCUGGACUUCGAGUUCGAAGAUACUUCUCUUGUUUCCCCUUCCAUCUCCAAGAAAACGAAAAGGGUUAUAGGUUUAGAUGACUUGUUAAAUGACUACUACAAGGAGAAAGUUAACCAUAAGGAGAAGGUUAAGAAACGUGCAAAGGUCCAAAAAGAGUAUGAUUCCGAUGAUAAUGACGUCGAUGCCAGAGAAGCAAAGUUUCAUGACUUUGUUAACGAAUUCCAGGAGAAGAUGAAUCAAAUAAAGGCUGAUGAUGAGAUACCUUUGUGGGGUCUUCAAGUUUUCGGAACUCAGAAAGCUUUCCCAGAACUAGAUUUCCCCGAGCUAAUGGAUUGCAGCAUUCUACAGUCUGUCAUGAAUCGUGAGCUUAAUUCAUUGGUUGAACUCAAAAUGGAGGAAGGUCAGAGUUUUCUUGAGGGACUGCUCCUAAACGGGUGGCUUUUGAGAAUGAUCAGUUCUUGCGGUCGACUUGAAGAACCCAUUGCAAAAUGGAGCUUCUAUUUGUUAUUAUAUUCACCACUAAUCCAGUUGGGCAGUGCAGCGUGCAACCUCUGGUGUUCCAUUCUCUUACCCGACAAUGAGAUUGACCAACAGAACAUUGAAAUUGAAUGGUUUCCAAACCAUGCGGAAUUAAAAAAUGCUCUUGACCUAUAUGGAUUUCUAUUGGAUUCACCUUGCAAGUCAUCAUUGCCCAUAGAACUCGACCAUUCAGAUUCCAAUUCUUGUGGUCCACCGCAAAAUAUAAGGUCUUGGAUAAAGUUUGUCUCUGCUAGUUGCCAAGUUAGGACUAUGUGUCCACCCUUCUCAACUGAAGAGGUAGAAGACCUGAUUGUUGUGGUAAUCUGCAUGUUUAUGGACCGACAACUUCUUGGCCUCUCCCUUAUCUUGGAUGAAUGUCUUCGCUCACUAAUAGGUGUUUUUAGUGAUAGUGAUUUUGAUGUCAGCUGUAUCAAAAUAGCCAAGUCUCUCGCCUGCAGACUGACUACCGAUAUCAGUUGCUUGAGAACUGUGGAAUGUAUUUCAGUGCUUGAUGCUCGCACUAAACGUUUAAGAAGUGCAGUAGCCUUUGAGUUUCUAGUAGCAUGUUUUGACAGUAAGGUAGUCGAUGGAGAAGGGAUCUUAAGGGCUAUGAAUUCCAUUAAUCUGAAAGAUGAGGAAUUUGAUCUUGAGAAGAUGUAUAUAUACCUGAUAUUGGUUGAAAACUGGCUCUUCUGUGACCCUAACCUAAAACGAGAUCCCGAAUUGAACAAGUUGUGGGUAUUAUGCCUCCGUAACUGUUCCUACCAAAUCAGCAGCACAGAUUUGAGGUCAUAUGCUUUAAAGGUCAGAAGUAAAGCUUCAUACCUUUUUCAAGGCAAUGCCAGCAAAUGGUAACUGUGGUGGGGAUGGGAAGAAGGCAGACAUUUUGGAGAAGUGAUGGGCCACCAACUUUUUUUUGCAAAUCUCUCUUCUCUUUGUGAUUUCCAUUAGUGGAAGUUCAUUGCAGAAAUUUGUAUCCUAUUUAGUUUUAACAGAAAUGAUUUGCAGAUUAGAAAAACUGCAUUCUAAACAGUAGAGCUCUCACAUGUCUUUUGUCCUGAAUACAAGGUAGUUAUAACAUCACACUAUGGGGGAUGG